ACUGUUAAAAGUUUACAUCAGAACUUAUUUGGUGGAGUCAACCAAGAGUUUCCUGCAUGUAACAGCACGAGAACAAAACAAGAAAACUCAGGAGUUCAGAACAGAUGUGAAAACACAAUGGAUGUAGAGAUCAAGAAAGGAAAAAAGGGAUUUGUAUCUCCUAUCAAGAGGCUGGUAUUUCCCAAAGCCGACAAGAACCGGAGACAGCAGGACAGAAGCAAUGUAUACAGGAGACCUCUCCAUUCUAUCCCUCUCUUCCCUCCAGAUUACCUGAUAGAUCCUGAGAUCCUGCUGCACGAUUAUCUUGAGAAAGAGGUUAAAUUUUUAGGUCACUUGACAUGGGUUUCUUGCUCUUUAAAUCCAGCAAGCAGAGCUGAAGUGCUGCAGCUUUUGGAUACAGCAAGGCAACAGAAGCAGCUGCCUUUGCAAACAACUGCAGAGCAGGAUACCAUUCUGAGUUUGUCUGCACGCUGCCUCCUCUUGACCUGGAGGGACAAUGAAGAGCUGAUUCUGAGAAUUCCAACCCACGAGAUUGCUGCUGUAUCUUAUGUCAGGGAUGAUGCACUGCAUCUACUCAUUCUGAAGACAGGUCUUGGAGUGGCUGCUGUAGCUGCUGGUGGCAGUUUGGAACGUAGACAAACAACAGGAACUUUGUCUGAUCCACAGGAAGCUGUGCCCAAUUCAGAAACGGACUGCAACCUAGUGAUACUUGCAGUGGACAGUAGAGAUUCAGCCGAAGAAUAUUGUGCCCUCAUCUGUCAGGUAUUUCGAAUCAUUUAUGGAGAUCAGACAAUAGACUGUGUGGAUCGAGCAGGACUCCAUUAUACAUCCACACCAGACAGACGGUGGUUAAUGGAGAGAAGUGACAGCAGACAAACUGCUCAGACAUAUGGCUAUGAAGCAGAUUUUAGCUGCUGCAGUUCUUUCGAUGGAUCACAGGACAUAUUUGAUCCUUACUGCAGUGGCAGCUCUUCCCCUUCAUACCGAGAAUCACAAUUCAGCCAAGGCACAGCUGGUAGUGAGAGUGACCAGAGUAGCACUGGUGCUGAUCUGCUGCAGGAUUAUAUGACAACUCUGAGAACAAAGUUGUCAGCACAAGAAAUUCAGCAGUUUGCUUUGCUGCUCCGUGAGUAUCGAACUGGCGCUUCAGUUGAAGAUUACUGUGCAGAACUCCUUCACCUUUAUGGAGAAAAACGGAAGUUCCUUCUUUUAGGAAUGCGGGCCUUCAUACCUGAUAAAGACACAAGCUAUUUUGAGAGCUUCUUAGAAACCAUUGGAAUUAAAGAUGGAAGAGGGAUAUUGACAGACAGUUUUGGAAGAAUCAAGAGAAGCAUGAGUAAUACAUCAGCAUCUGCUGUCAGAAGUUAUGACAGCUGGUCUGUGCCUUCAGAAUCAGAUACCUUUGAAAGAAUGAUUUCAAAUAUUACACAUGACAUAGAAGCUUUAGGAUGUGAUGCCGAAGAUGAUUUACUGUGAGCAACGUAAUGACGUUCUAUCACUUUGUUUAACUAAUUGAUCACAGAAUUGCUACAGUGCAGAACGAAGCCAUCCUCCUCACAGUUCACAACGUUUUCAAGUUUCAUAUCUGCAAGUUUUGAGAUUGUGCCCUGCACACCAAGGUCUAGGUCAUUAAUAUAUAUAUCAGGAAAAGGAAGGGUCCCAACACCAAUUCCUGCGGAACUCCACUACAAACAUUCCUCUAGUCCAAAAAACACACAUUAGCCUCUACUUUCUGUUUCCUGUCACUCAGCCAAUUUUAUAUCUAUGCUGCUACUGUCCCUCUUAUUCCAUGAGCUAUAACUUUGUUCACAAGUCUAUUGUGUGGCACUGUAUCAAAUGCUUUUGGAAGUCCUUUUACACUAUAUCAACCCUUUUUGUUAUCUCCUCAAAAAACGCCAGCAAGUUAGUUAAACAUGAUUUUCCUUUAACAAAUCCAUGCUUACUUUCCUUAAUUAAGCUGAAUUUGUUCAUGUGACUAUUAAUUUUGUCUCAAGUUAUUGCUUCUAGAGAUUUCCCACCACUGAAGUUGAACUCACUGGCCUAU